ACAUUUAGCCAUUCUGCGUCGAGCUUUCGACUAAGACACACGCGUCGGAAUACCCCAGAAAAAUAAAGUGUUGUGAUAAUGCAGUUAGCUGAUGUUUUGUGUUAUAUAUUUUUGACGAUAACAGUUACAGCAUCAUGCGUAGGAGCAGACAACCAGAUGACCGAAGUAGAAGACUCACAACCCGAACGAAAGAUAUCCAAACGAGAAGCAACAGUCAUAAUAGAUAACAACUAUCCCAUGGAAAGGAUAUUCCAAAAACCGAAAGUGAUCUACAGAAGAAUAUCGAAGCAAAGAUACGGACCGCCAAAGCCCAAGUAUGGACCACCGAGACCAAAGUAUAGGCCACCGAAAGUGACCAGAAAACCUGGCAAGAAGAACGGUAAACUGAGAACAAAACCCACCACACAGAAAUAUGGACCUCCUCACCACAAUGUCAGUCCAAACAAAAAGCGUGCUCCAAAUUCCAGGUACAAUAGCCUAAAGGCAAGGCCCAACGGCAAGCCCAGCUUCGGGCAUGUCGUCAAAAUGCCCCACUACGCCUUCUUCGUUCCCGAUGAGAACAAUUUUGGAGAACCCCCGACGGACUACCUCAGUGACUACCAACCUGCAAAGCAAAGUUACGGAGAACCUCCCGUGGAUUCGUACGGAGCACCUCUUAAAACAACCAUAAAAGACGUGCACCCAACACCACAGAGCUUCCAGGAAACCACUCAUGCCAAGCACAAAAACCGUGAUUUAAAUUCUUGGAACCACAAACCAGCUAAAAACCACGAUCUUAAAUUUGCUUUUUCGAAAAAGCACCCAAAACUGACACAAAAGCAACACGACAGUGCAGUGGUUGAGACAGGGCCGCCUGUUGACCACGAAGACUUGCUGGUUUCAGAACAUGGAAAGCCGCUGUUGCAAGACAGCCAAUAUUUCUUCAGGAACCAGCGACCAUCGUUUUUCACUGACACCGCUAAAGUUGUGAACCGGCCGUGGCGGCCAAACAAGCAGCAAAUUGAUUUGGACGACGAGAUUAUUGUAGGAGGUCGGUAUGCAGAGCCUCCUGCGAGGUAUGUGUCGAAGUUCCAGCAGAAUGCGCUGUUGUAUGACGAUGACGAGGCGUUCUCACAGUUCCAUGGUCAUGGAGAAGGAGAGGCGCCGUCAUCAGCGACCAACUCACCCUACACCAACUACAAGCACAGCAAUAUGGCGUUUAGUCCGCAAAAUCUGAACGACGUGUUUAGUAUAGUCGACAAAUAAUAUUACAAGUGAUUCUCUAUCUAUUCUGUUUACCUUGAUGUAAAAUUGAAGAGAAAUGGUUGGGGUACAUGUGAAGUGGAUGAAAGUGUUAGUAACAGGGAUAUGUAGUGGGUUCAUGUUAGACCAAUUGAAAGUUGUUUAAAUAUAGACUGAUAGUAGAAAUAGGGAAGAACAUGUGAAGAAAUUCCCUGUUUCAUUGAACAAAAUUAACAAAUUUUAGAGAUUUCUCUUAAUUCUUGAUCGCAUCAAUUUUCAUUGUAUGUACAACUGUCUAGUUAACUUUUAUUCUACCGUAUUAUUUGAGAUCAGUCUGUUUUCGUAACUUUAGUUUUUAAGUUGUGUAGUAACGAAGGAGAGGUCUGUAGGAAUUGGAAAGGUCCAACACUAGGCUACGACAUUAAACGGUACGCCUGUUAUAAUAUAAAUUAUAUUAAUUAAAUUGUAAUAUUAAAUGGUAAA